GCGAAGGUAGCGGCGGAGGGGAGAGCAUCUCCAGCGGGGCCGGGUGCCCUCGCCUCCCAACCACCACCCAGCCGGAAUCGGGACCUGUCGCCUGGAGAGGGACUGAGCCGGUCUAGGUCCCCCGCCCCAGCUAUUCACCCACGGCGGUCGCCAAAAGAGGAGGAGGAGGAGGACCAGAGGACGGGAGAGAGAGAGAGCGCGGCCGCAGGUAGAGCAAACCCGGGCAGGUGCGCGCCUCCUGCCUCACUUUCCUGCCUCCCGGAGCCAACCAGAUCGCCUCCUAUGAAAUUUGGGGUCAAGCUUUGGGUUUCCGAGAGCCGUCAGGAUGCCUUUCCACCCCGUGACCGCCGCCUUGAUGUACCGGGGCAUUUACACCAUUCCCAACAUCUUAGCCGCCGAACAGCACCCUGUUGAGAUACCUGAAGACGAGCUGGAAGAAAUCCGCGAAGCUUUCAAAGUCUUUGAUCGCGAUGGCAACGGCUUCAUCUCCAAACAGGAGCUUGGCACGGCAAUGCGGUCCCUGGGCUACAUGCCCAAUGAGGUGGAGUUGGAGGUCAUCAUCCAGAGACUGGACAUGGACGGUGACGGACAGGUGGACUUUGAGGAGUUUGUGACGUUACUCGGCCCGAAGCUUUCCACGUCUGGCAUUCCCGAGAAGUUCCACGGCACCGAUUUUGACACAGUGUUCUGGAAGUGCGAUAUGCAGAAGCUGACGGUGGAUGAGCUGAAGCGGCUGUUGUACGACACCUUCUGUGAGCACCUCUCCAUGAAGGACAUUGAGAACAUCAUCAUGACGGAGGAGGAGAGCCACAUGGAGAACACAGAGGAGUGUCCGGUGGAUGUGGAAACCUGUUCAAACCAACAGAUCCGACAGACGUGUGUCCGGAAGAGCCUCAUCUGCGCCUUCGCCAUUGCGUUCAUCAUCAGCGUCAUGCUGAUUGCCGCCAACCAGGUGCUGCGAAGUGGAAUGAAGUAGCCCCACAAGAGAUGGAUGGAUGGACGGAUGGACGGAUAGAGAGGCAGACAGAUCCAUGGACUUUCCUGAACACAUGGAGAAAACUCACCAUACAUACCUAUAAAUACCGAUAGCCACGAGGGCUGGGUUGGGUGGAGGGAGGGAAACUGUAACCCCUCUGCAUCCAAAACUCCUGCACAUCCCCAUAAAUUCACCAUUCCUUCCUCUUCUCUGGGAGGGGCCACCCCCUUUCCUCUUGCUGGAGAGGCGGCUGUCUUUUCAGGAGACAAGCGUGGCUUUCCCAGGGUGGGGCCCCACGUGGCCCAGCUAGAGAAGUUUUAAAGCAUGGUGGAACUUUUAAACUCAACUUUAAAAGCAUGGCACAGUGCAUGGAGAUCUCCUCCUAACCCCCCCCUUUCCCACCCUCACCUCCUCAUCUGAGUGAUGCAAUACUCUGUGCUUUUAUAAUCGGAUAUUAGAAUCCUAUAAAAUAUAUAAAAUGUUAUAUAUAUAUAUAAAAUAUAUAUAUAUUUAUGAUAAACCGAAUAAUCCGUUAAGCAAUACACAUGCGUCGGGAUUUUCUAUCCAGGAUUCAGGCGUUGCAUGAACAUCAACCCACACGAAAAAGGGCUGGGUGCAAACCACGUGGCUGUUCGUAUCCACAUCCGACUUCCCCCCGGCAGGUUCUUUCCAGCAUCUAUGCAUUUUUCUUUCCGUCUCCCCUGGCCUCCCGACUGAUCGGGGAGGGCGGGGGCUUCUUAGGACCUGCUGGACACAGAUCUCGGGUUGUUUGGGUGGAAGGCACCAGCCAAACGUUGGCUUGCCUCAGGGAGAAGCCCUCUCUGGCGUGGCCUCAGUGGCUGUUCCCCUCCUCGUUGCAUGUGGAUAUUCCCAUGGGAAGCCAUGCCAGGCGGGUAAAACUCUUCCUCUAAGGGGCGCUGGGCCAGAAUGUUCCAGGAGAUGUCAGAGACUCCACCUCCAUUGUGCCCUGUAACAUCUUCUCAUGAUGCCACCAUAAUGUACAUAAAAAGCCAAAGGGCACGGCUCAAAUCAUGAAGUCAGCCACCUUGUAAAUUCCCUUCUGUGAAGCCCAGUAUAAUGUUAUCUGGCUCGGCUGAAAUCUCUCUCUCUUACGACCCAAUCUUGUCUUGAGGUGGAGACUUCUGAGCGAUGGGGAAUUAAGUUCCUUCCCUGGAUGGCCUGGCCCAAUGGCAAACCAUGUCCCCUGUUUGAAAAAGGAAGGGUUAAAAAGCGACGAUGAUAAUAAUUGUGCCUUAUUUCUAAUUUGAAUUUGUCCACCGUUUAACCUGAAAACUGUCGGUUCUCGUUCUACUGUGGCUAGACUGGGAAGAGAUUAUUGCUAUUCUUGUGCUUUCUGUCCAUGAAUGUAUUUUGUGCCGCAGAGUCAAAUCUUGAAGGGAGAAAGAAAGAACAAAAGAAAGAAAGAAAGAAAGAAAGAACGAAAGAAAG